UUGUACUUUGUGCUUUCUCGUGAUCUCACGAUGCAGGUCUCAGUCGUACUCACAAUAUAUUUCCCUUUGACUGGGCCUUGCUGACGGUCGCCAUAUUGAGUCUCACAGCGCAUGCGCAGAAAUGAUAAUGAUGUUGACAGUAAGAGCAAGAGAUAUCACCUCAUGACUAUAUUUAGUAUUUGUUUAUCUCUUUGUGUUGACCUAUAAACUAUACCACUAUCUUUGUAAGCAUUAAUGCGACAUUUAAACAGUAUUUAGCCGUCCUGCACAACUUACUCUGGAAUUAAUCAGCUCGUCUCGAGGGGAUAAUUUGGAAAACGUGGAUGUAACAACGAUGGACACAUCUCUUCAAAGAGACAGUGACAGCACAUCUGGAUUCGAGGUGAUCCCAAGACGCCUUGUAAUAAUCGGGAAAACGGGAAAUGGAAAGAGCAGUAUUGGAAACAUCAUUCUUCGUCGUCAUGACAACCUGUUUGAGAUCGGCACAGGAAUGAGCAGCACGACUGUAACACUUUGCACGGGGGACAGCGCAGAGCGAGACUUUACAGUCUUCGACACUCCAGAUAUGGUUAACUGCGAAAUGUCCGAUGCUGAUGCCAAAAAGCAAGUGGAGGAGUGGAGAACAUCACCAGAAACUUCAGUUGCUGUGAUUGUCGCCAUUCGCUGUGACGUCCGUUACACCGCCGAGGAGUACGCCAUCUACACAAAGAUCAAAGACCUCUGGGGAGACGACUUCUGCAAGAACCUGGUGAUUGCCUUCACUUUUAAGGACAGACUAGACCAUGACGAGAAAGAGUUCGAACUAGAGUUAAAGACAGUGUGCCAGGAACUACAGAACGUGCUGGAGGAUGCCCGUCACCGGUAUGUUCUCUUCGACUGCUCGCCAGGGAGGUAUGUUGAGGAGCUGCACGGAGAUAUAUUCAACAAACUUGCGGAGUGCUUCAGCAGGGACAUGCAGACUUGGAGUUUUUGGUCAAUGGCUUCUGCUGUCGUCACCAGUACUCUAAAUCCAUGCGUUUCCUAUCUGAAAAGUUUCUUCCCAUAGAAGAAAGAAGGCUUGUGAACGAGAAAUAAACACUUGUGAACAUUGAUCUUUCAUAAUAACCAACUAAGGAAAGGAUUUUAUGAUAUUUACAAUAAGAAAACAAAUAUCGCUAAACAGAGAUUAUAUAAAUAAAUACUUGAUGCAUUAUUCCUUUUUGCUCUUUUAUGUGAUUUUCUUUGUAAACAAAUGUUAGCUCUACUAAACGUGUAUUUGCCUGCAAAAUGGUCUACCCAAAUGUACAUUAUAUUUCCUUUACUCGGCAGAAAAAUAUAACAGAGCUCUUUGGAUGUUUGGAUAAACAUGUGCGAACAUACAAAUUAACUGCUCAGUUUUAUGACAGCACAAUGUCUAUAUCACAAUUCAAAUAUGUUUUUACUUUUUUCUAAGUUGAACUCACAUCGUUUGGAAGCAGAGGUCACUUUGAACAUGUUAUAGGUUGUUAAUUUAUAUAACACUUAAAGAUGAUUAAGAACAUCUGAAGAAAAUUAUUUUCUUACAUUUUUACAAGAAAUAUUUGUUUUUAAAAAAAAUUAAUAACUGAAUAUGAUGAGAACUGUUUACUUUGAAAAUCCCCCAUUAGUUAUUUUUACUAUUUCAAAAAUAAAACUAAUGAUUAUGAAUUUAAAUAUUUCUCACUUAAUGUCCUGGCUAUGCUUUACUGCGAUUUGAAGUGGACCAAACAUUUUCACGGUUUUUCUUUUUCUGAGUCAGCAGAAAUAAAACAGCUCAUAAACAACAUUU